CAUCCAUGGUAAAUGGCGAUAUUCGGACCGUAGAAAGUGACACUGAAGGUACACUCAUCGUCAGUUGAAUUGGGGGAUUUCUCGUGAGUUCUAUUAAAAGUUACCCACUGAUCUCUUUCAUUUUGUGACACUGUACAAUGUAAUUGAGACGAAAAGUGUAGCAUAUUUGUCUGAAUAGCAGAGUUGAGCCUCAUUAUCUUAGUUUCAGCACUGGUGAUUUGUGCUGUGAUGGAGCCGAGUAAAAGCAGCUCGAGGCAGGUUGACAGCUGUAUCCAGUUAGCUAAGAAGGGAGUCAGAGAGGCUCUGAAAUUAGACUCUCAGGGUAAAAAAAAGAAUGCUUAUCUGCAAUACCUAAGAUGUGUUCAAUUCAUAGCUGACUCUCUCCUGAAAGAUGCUGAUAACACAGGUGGACGUGACCUAAGCACUAGUAACACACGCAAGAUGACCAAGUUGUGUCAACAGUGCGUGGACAGAGCAGCAGAUCUUCUAACUGAAAUAGAUGAUAGUGAAGAAAUUAGUAUAGAUUUUAGGAGACCAAUCAGUGAAGCAUCUAUCCCCCGACACAAGCCUCCAAGCACCAACCAACAACCAGCAUCAUUACCUAACAAUGAACCACAAACCAAUAUCUCAAUGUUUCCGGAUGUACCCACCACAACACAACAGCUGUCAUCUGUGUCUACUGCUGGACCACAGCAACCUCAUGCUCAUUUGCAAACACCACCCUCAUUUCAUCGACAACAUUCUAGUGUCAGAAGAAAUGAGCCAUCACCUACAGAAAUUGCAUAUCGAAAGAACCAACAGCUUUUGGCAGGCUUCAAGGCUCGAAUGUCAAGAACCAAGAAUGAAAAACAUCGUUCAAUGCUGAGUUUGAAGCUACAACGUCAACUCCUGGAGAACAUGUCCUUGGCAAGAGCGCAAGAGGCAGCUAUAACUAAGAAAGUUCAAGAACGCCACAUGAUGCUGAUGGAAGAAGCUUCCAGAAGAUUCUCGAGUACUGGAGAACCUACUGCUGAUGAACUAGAGAGACGACAGGUCUAUGCUAGUGUCUUAGAGUAUGAACAUCAGACAAUUUGGCUGAAGUCAUGGCGUACUAAACUGAGUCAGUCUCCACAAGAUCUGGAUCUGAUUAAUGCACUUGUGUCCAAGAUCCUGGCCUGCCAGGACCAUCCCCUCACACAGCUCUUACAGAAGUAUCAGCUAGAGAUUCAAACGAAGGUGGAACCACUAUUGAAGGAAGCUGAUACAGCUCUAUGUGCAAUAACUGUGCCUUACAAUGGCAUAGACAAAUUAAAUUUCACAGAUGGACACAUAAAUGUUCGCAGUGAGAGUUUCACAAAAUUAGAUAGGGCAGAGGCUAUCUUGCAAGAUGAUCUGUCGAAGAGAUUAUCCCAAUCACCAGGGAAGUUGCAAGACAACAUCACCAGUCUACACCUAUCUGAGGAAGAUUACUUCUUGGAUGAAGAUGAGAUGUUUAAUGACUGCAAUGAAGAUGAACUGGAUGAUUUCUCUAUUAGUGACUUAAGCAGUGAAGCAAGCAACAGACUCUCCAAGGAUGGCACUAAAUCUGCUAGUCCUUAUGGUGCAAGAAAUUCUGUUGAGGAUUAUGAAAGCAGCCCCAAUGAAAAAGAAACUAGUUAUGGUCAGGAUGUCAGUGAUCAUCAGAAUGAUCUGGCAAAGACGGUGGAUAGUACAUCAACUAUCAAAGAUGAAAAUGACAGUAGUAAAAGUACUGGAAAUAUGGAUAGUUCUAUUGAGCACAUUGGAAAUAAUGAUAGUGAAGUUGAUUUAGAUAAAGAAGAAACAUCAGCAUCAAUGGGUGAGGUGGUGGAGACAGUAAAAGGAAAUAUUGAUCAUGCACUACAAGAAAGUGAGGAAGAAGCCAAAAAACUUAUGGAAUCCAUAAAAAAUGACAUUGAAUCUGCUGUGCAAAAAGAGAUUAAUGUUGAGGGCAAGAUUACAGCGGACGCUGGUGAAUUGAAAGAUGGACAAGAUAAAGAUUGUGAAAUUAAUGGUAUUUCAGAAAAAACUGACUCAGUGACAAGCCAUGUAGAAGAGGAUCUCGAGCUGUCUAAUGGUGACAAUGAGGAACAAAAGAUUAAGAAAUUGACAGAAGAGGCAUAUGCUAGACACCUUAAAGCCAUUAUUAAAGAUACACACCUGUGUAUAGAGAAAUUAUUAUCAAUGUUUGUUGCUGUCUAUGAAGAGUUGGAUUCAAGAAAUGCUCGUGAGCGAUGCACGCUACUAAUUGAAGACCCGUUCUUUCAUGAGAUUUGGCCAAUGCUCUUGAAACUAUUCAGAAUUGCCAAUCUUUCUAAAGAACGAAAUGCAGCCAUUGCAAUGACACGAUACCAAGGUUCUUUACCUGAGCAUGUCGGCGUCAUCAAAAAGUUUUGCCUAAGUACAGUGGAUACCACAAGUGAUCCUACUAGCUUUCCAUACAAACGUGCUGUUGACGAACUUGUCAAAUUAACGACGUUCAAGAACCCACUAAGUAAACUAGAAUGCAUAGUUCGUACAUCCAGAAACAUUGUUCGCUGUGUAGAGGAGCAUUAUGAUAGCAUUGGGAAACCAGGCUACAGGAUAGGAAAUGCCAUUGGUUGUGAUGAUUUUCUACCAAUACUAAGUUAUAUUGUGGUCAAGACAGCUAGCCCUCAGAUAGUAUCAGAGUGCUCUGCGAUGGAGGAGUUCAUUCAUGAAGGGUAUUUGUUUGGAGAAGAAGGGUACUGCUUAACAAGUUUACAAACUGCAUUAGGCUAUGUGCUACGAUCGCUGGUCACCAUGUAACAUGUACCAAAUCCAUCGAGGAUAAUAUGAAGGUGACAAUAGCAUGGAGAGGUUUUAAAUUACCUGAUGCACUGUAGUGUCACACUGGUAAAUUAAUUAAAUUCUAAAUGAAUUUACGAUACUACUGGUCUUUCUCAUUACAAUGCAAAGCCUAGAAGAAUUCAGGUGUAACACAGGUUUGCACUGAAGGUUUUUCCCAUUCAUGCUUGACCAAAAGAAAUGCAGGAUGAUCUUGAGUAACACCCAUUUACACUGACAGAUGUUG